AUGUUACGUCUAGGCUUUUUGUGUUUAGCGUCGCUGGCGGGAGCCACGCCCUACUCGGGGUUCCCGUUCUCCCAACAGCUACCAGAUGUCGCCAGAGUGGGCGAAGAAUACGCUUUCACCAUCAACAAAGACACCUACAGAAGCGACGAAGGGACCGUUUCGUACUCGGCAGACAAUAUGCCUAACUGGCUCAGUUUCGACGAGUCCUCUCUCACUUUCUCUGGUAUCCCGUCUUCAUCUGACGCGACCGACUCGCUCUCGUUUGAUCUGAUAGGGACAGACAGCUCUGGCACUUUGAACCAGUCUGUGUCGAUCGUUGUUUCGAAGGAGGCCGGCCCCGAACUCAAAACAUCCAUUUUUUCGCAGUUGCAAUCUAUGGGAAACACCAAUGGCUACGACGGGCUCAUCAUCGAGCCCCAGAAAAGCUUCGAGGUGCAGUUCUCGAACGACACGUUCCAGAUGAGCUCUGGCUCGAAUAACAACAUUGUCGCCUACUACGGCAAAUCCCUUAACAGAACUUCGCUUCCAAGCUGGUGCUACUUCGACGAGGACACCCUCACGUUCUCGGGAACUGCUCCCGCCAUCAACUCUGAAAUCGCUCCUUCCCAGGAAUUCGGCUUCAUUUUGAUCGCAACCGAUUACGAGGGAUACACCGGCACGUAUGGUACUUUCUAUCUUCUUGUGGGCGCUCACGAGCUUACAACAAACGUGUCCGACACUCUCCAAAUCAACGCGACUGCAGGCGAGUCGUUCAGCGUCCAAGUGCCCCUGCAGGAUGUUCAGCUCGACGGUCAAAGCAUCUCGUCGCAAAAUAUUUCCAGCGUGAAACUUUAUGAGGCUCCGUCGUGGGUCCAGCUGGACUCGGACAACAGACUCACGGGUGACGUUCCUGAAGACCAGGACAGCAACGAGCUGGUCAAUGUGACGGUUACAGACGUGUACGGCAACCAGGUCUUCUUAGACUUCGAAAUCGACGUGUACUCGGAGCUUUUCACCGUGGACGAUCUCCCCGACGUGAACGCAACGCGUGGAGACUUCUUCGUGUACUCAUUGCCGUCGUCGGCCUUUUCGAACCUCAAUGACACGGACAUCAAGGCUAAUUUCUCGAACGCUACCUGGCUGACCUACUACUACACCAACCACUCGUUUACCGGUGUUGUCCCCGACAGCUUCAGCGAGCUGGAAGUGACAAUUGAAGCUACCAUGAAUAGUCUUGAAGAUUCUAGAAAGUUCACCAUCAGAGGGGUUGGCACUGUGCAUUCGAGUACUAGCUCGCGGAGCAGCUCCUCCACGUUCAGCACUUCGUCGAGCAGCGGCUCGCAUAGCGGUACGUCCGCAUCCUCAGCCAUGGCAUCCCCAUCUGCCACUUCAGAAUCUGGCUCCAGUUCAGGAUCGCCCAACAAGAAAAACCUGGCCAUUGGGCUGGGUGUAGCCCUUCCGCUAGCUGCUCUCUUGGGUGCGCUGCUGAUCUUCUGUUGCUGCUGGCGGAGACGCAAGGAAAACAAAGACGAAGAAGACGACGCUGAGAAGAAAAAGGACGCGUUCUAUAUCCACCCUCAAGGAACCGCAGAGACGCUCAAAAAUGACCCCGAGGGCGAUAACGCCAAACGUCUUUCGGCCCUCAACGUUCUCAAACUGGACGAGUCUGGCAUGCGUGACGACUCGUCUUCGCUAACCAACGUCGAAAGUAACCACUCGCGUUCCCAUUCCCUAUACAACGAGGCUAUGAAUCACCAGAGCACCGACGAGCUUAUAUCAGGCCGUUCGCAGAAAAUCACCAAGUCGUGGCGCAACGGCGCCUCAAAAUGGAAGCCUCGAGAUUCACUUACGUCGCUGGCUACCGUGGCGACGACCGACCUGCUGACUGUCAGAGUCGCCGACGAUCCCAACCUGCAGCGCAAGUCGCAGAGCAUUUUCAUGAACAGAAACUCGUCAUACGUCUCUUCUGGUUCUGGAAAUUACGUGAACUAUGACCAAUCCUCGUCGAGCGAGUACGUGGACGCGACCGAUCGUCCGCGUGACUUGACGACGCUAGACGAAGAGUUUGGUCGCGAGUUUUCUGACUCAACGCUCAGCAAAAGCAGCGCAAAGUUCGUGGAUGUUCAACGUAAAGGAUCGGAAGCCGUCAACCUUCCAAGAGAUGAGCGGUCGUUCGAGGGAGUGAUCGAAAACACUUCCAACAGCUCGAUGCUGUGA